GUUUAUCGAAAUAAAAAAUUGAAACAUAUUCGUCGAGAAACGAACGUGAAGAAUUGGUAAGAGCGGCGCGCGAUGUGAAAAGAGGAGGAACUUUUUAGAUGAGAAUCAUAAAACGAACGAUUGGAAUGAAGCGCGAGGCUGGAAGGAAGGGCAUAUGGUGUGCGUGCCGGUAUGGUAUCGUGGAGGAGGGGAUGUCUCGCGCGUCCCACGAUACACAACUAAGGUCCUCUGUUCCUUCCAUAGCUGCUAUUCAAGACAGAGUCUCUCAGUCAUUGCGCGAAGUGCCUCCGGAGUCCUUCGGAUCGGAAUUGAUUGCGGUCUAUUGAAUUGUUUAAUCUUAAAUUCUGCACUGAGGUAACAAUCUCUUCAAUUUAUUGUCUGAUAUUCUCUAUAACGAAUUUUUUUGGUUCUAUAACACACAAAAACAAGUAUAAAUUCACCGAGAUGCUUCCGGAACGAUGCGUCAGUUUUUUUUAUUCAGACUUGAGAAACAAGAAGGCUCUUCGAGGGCAAACUAUCUCUUGUAAUAGGAAUGAGAAUCAUCUUCAAGGACGCCGAUUAAUUUCUCAAUUUAAAAGUCAAGGUUUAUAGAAAGAGACUUUCAUUUUCAAAUCACAUUCCAAAACGAUUAUUAAUGAGACUCAGAAGAAAAGAAAUGACCGGAGAUUGGAGGACCAUUUUCGUAACCGGAGGCGCCGGUUAUAUCGGAAGUCAUUGCAUCGUCGAACUCUUGGAGUGCGGAUACAACGUGGUGGCAAUAGACAAUUUUGCAAAUAGCGUGACGGAAACCGAUGGGGAAUCCGCGGCGCUUAAAAGAACCGAGCAAAUAACAGGGAAGAAGGUCAUGUUUUAUAAUUGCGAUCUGCUCGAUAGAGAGAAACUCGAGACAAUUUUUAAUAAGCACAAAAUAGACUGUGUAAUACAUUUUGCAGCUAUCAAAGCCGUUGGCGAAUCAAUGCAAGUUCCACUUCAUUACUAUCGGAAUAAUAUAAUAGGAGCUAUUAAUUUGCUCGAGGUGAUGAAAGCGGCUGGCUGCUUUCAGCUUGUAUUCAGCAGCUCUUGUACAGUUUACGGCGAGCCUACAGAAUUGCCUAUCACAGAGGAACACGAAACCGGUAAUAUCACCAAUGUUUACGGCCGAACAAAAUAUUUUAUCGAAGAGAUGUUGAAGGAUAUAUCUAAAGCUGAAAAGAAUUGGAACAUUAUAUCCUUGAGGUAUUUCAACCCGGUGGGCGCUCAUCCCAGCGGCCUCAUCGGCGAAGAUCCGACGAAACCAUUUACGAAUUUGAUGCCGUAUAUCGCUCAAGUUGCUUUGAGACACAAACAGGAACUAGUUAUAUUCGGCGGCGAUUAUGCUACGAAUGAUGGUACAGGUGUUCGCGAUUACAUUCAUGUUAUGGAUCUGGCGGCAGGCCAUGUGGCGGCGUUAAACGCCUUGCACAAACAGCAUCUCAGGCUUAAGAUUUAUAACUUGGGUACUGGCAAUGGCGUAACUGUAUUAGAAUUGAUAAAAACUUUUGAGAAAGUCACUGGCACUACUGUGCCUUACGUGAUAAAAGCAAGAAGAGAGGGCGAUAUUGUGUCCAUGUAUGCUAAUACAGAUUUGGCGAAAAAAGAACUGGGAUGGACAGCGAAAUAUAACGUUGAGCAAAUGUGUCAAGACUUUUGGAGGUGGCAAGUGAUGAAUCCGCAUGGUUAUCGAACUUCAAUAAAGAAUGAUACUAAUGAACAUUCGUAACAACGAACUGUAUCAAAGAACUUGUGCAAAUAAUUUAUAAUAAAGGAUCCAUACAAGUUUUAU